AUGAAUCAAGCACCAAGUUAGAAUGCUUAAAUUCCUCAAAAUGAAGAGUUUACCUUUUUUGAUUCAAAAGGAUUAGAUAUGCUAAUAAAAUAGAUGGGAUUUGAGGAAGUGGUGUAAUUUGAUGAAAAGCCUAGAUAAAUGAUUAUUGAUAUUGGAAAUGAAUUUGUGAAUAAAUUGCUAGAAGAGUCUAUGAGAGUGAGUUAAAAGCGUUAAUAAUAAAAUGAAGACUUAAAAAAUUCAAAACCAAAACUUGCAUUUUAGGAUGUAAAAUUUGCAUUGGAAAAUUGUUUAAGAAUGCCUCAAUAAAAUUUUAGUAUUGAAAAAGACAAUUGA